UCGCUUUGGCUUCGUGCUACGAAAAGAGGGCCACGAGAAAAUGCGCCAUCGCCUGGCCCACCUUCCACUUCCUCCCUCUCGGCUACGCUCCCGCCUUCACCUGUAUUGUAGUAGUGCCAUGCGAUUGAUUGCAUGUGGUCUGCGUCUUGCAUGUUUGGACCAGGACAGGCAAUCCAAAUUCGUGCUGCCUCUGCUGCCCAGUAGAUCCCUCGAAUCGCUAUAUUCGCAGGAUCGUGAAAGCCACACUCCUCCACCAAAUGAGCCCUUCCAGCUGCGUGGCCUGGAAACCUCUCACGGUCCUGUCAAUUACGCCUCUGCAAGCCUCACGGAAGAGCAAGUCGGGAAUACGAGAAUGACUACUACUACUUCCUCCUCUUCCUCUUCCUCGUGGGCGGGCUAUGGGCCCGCCGCACCUGCACCCGCUCCAGUACCAUCGACUACCCAGUGCGAUCGAACGAAACCAUGCUCUGCCUGCUGUGCGCGAGGGCACCCCAAGGAGUGCGAGUUCGUCGUCGGCGAGGGCAAUGACUACAGCCCCAUCCAGCAAUCAUACGAGAUCCGCAAGCUCCGGUCGGAGAACCAGCGUCUGAAAGAGAGGCUGCAGGCGGCACGCCUCACGCAGUCUGGCGACGAGGAUGACGAUGGGUCCUCGUCGGAUCGCAAGGUCUCCAAGGGCUCCGCGCGGGCAGCCGCUUCACGACAACGACGGUUCAAAACGGGCGAUCGCGUCGACAACCUGUACUUUGGCACUCCGGGGCUGGCGAAUAUCUUCGCCAACCUCCAACUGGGAACCCAAUCUCUCACACACACGAUUCCCCGGGGAAAGGACAUUUACGUGCACGAUGGGCAACAGUCCAUCUACCCGUUCAUGAACUUGUGGGGCGGCGGCAGUGGUGCCAAAGACAUGGCGCGAGACCUCCUGGCCUCCCACGACGAGAUCUACAAGUGGCUGGACGUGUUCCAGAAACGCGCACAGUCAUGCUACUUCCCCCAUACUCCUGAUGAACUGACGAGGCGCGAGGUGGGUCGAUUUCUGGAACGGACAGAGGAAAACGCAGAAGCGCAUCCGGAUAUGCUGGCACUCAUCUUUACCAUGGUCGCAACUGCAAUGCAGAUGGGCGUGUAUGAUCAGCACGGGGAGUGGGCACCCGGCGCCGUGGAAGGGUCACGAUUCCGGAGUGAUGUCUACAUCGCGGCAGCAAUGCAGGCGCUCCGCCUCGCCUCGUUCAUGAACACGCCCACGCUCCUGGGCAUACAGGCACUGGUCAUGAUUGGCCCCUAUUUGACCAACAGCGGCAGAUUUCUCGAUGCCUGGACGCUGUUUGGGACUACGAUACGACUGGCACACUCCAUCGGCCUCCAUCGAGACCCAAAAGUCCUCGAAUCGGCACCGCAGCUUCGAGAAAGCAUGAUUCGACGAACGCUGUGGUGGUGGAUGCUACACAUGGACCAACAGUAUUCCGUGACGCUCGGACGACCGCUCGGCAUUUCUGGCAUUGGUGAUUGCCAGCCUCCUGAACCACUGACGACGAACCCCACGAUACUACGGCUCAACGAAUUCGUGGACCACUUCACCAUCUUGGCCCGGCAGAUCCUGAGUAGCGACGGUAUGAUGAACGUGGGGAGGAUCGAUGAGUACACAGACAAGCUUCUGGGCCUCUGGGACACCAUGCCGGAAGCUUUGCAGUUCAACGAGACGUGGCUACAGCAAGAGACGUUGCUCCCCGAUUGGCCUUUGGAAGUCAUGUCUACCAUGCUCUACGCCAAAGUGCAGUCCUUUCUCAUCCUUCUCAACCGCCAGCGGCUCGAGCGCACACAGGGAGCACACAGUGAGCCUUCGCCGCCCGGCUCCAUGGCACCGCCGCCACGACCGCAGCCCGUGAUGACCAGCUCCAUGUACGGCGAUCAGCCCCUUCACCCUGCACCACUACGGGGAAGAUCGCUCGUGGUCAACUCCUCGAUUGCGCUGGUCAACGCAUUCAUGUUUUUCCACUAUCGAAGGCCGCAGGUGCUGAUCUGCUGGACCAUGGCGCAGCAAUGCUUCAAUGCGUGCAUGAUCCUCAUCCUGGACGCGUGGGAGACGGAGAAUGAGAACAACCUGUGGCUGGUCAAUCAGGCAUUUGCCGUCUUCCAGCAGCUCGACAACAACGGAGUACACAAGCUGGCGGGAUUGGCCGUGGCACGAAUCUCCACGGGUCUUGCAGUAUUGGAGCAACGGCGAAACGAACGCAAGCAACAAGCAGCAGCCAGUCGAGGAGUCUCGGGAUAUCACCCUCAGCUUCAAAUUGACACGGCAUCCAUGUCGGAUUUCCAAAACGACACCGUCAUGGGCAACACGGGCAUGUUUCUCCUCGAAGACACGGGUCUACAAUCGUUUGACCCAAUGGCAUUUGCGCCCCUCGGCUGGAACAUGGCCGGUAGUGCUCAUGCUUCUUCACAUUCCUCUCACCCGACUACUCCCAACAUCCCCUCCCCUAUGAUCCCCAUCAGCCAAGUCACCGCCGCCCCUUUCCCCGUCGUCACCGCGCCGCCCUAUCGUUCCGAUGGCAUGAUGUCUGCGCAUCUCCCAUCAUCAUAUAUGCACCAUCAACAACAAUAUUAUCGACCUCAUCUUCCCACGACAACAUCUGGCCCAGGAGGAAGAUCCCACCAGGCAGCUUUUACACCUAUCAAUAAUAGCACCAACAACAACAUGUCCUUGUCAGCCUCACAUCAACAACAAUCCUCCUCAUCCUCCACUUCCUCCACCUCCACCUCCCUCUCCCACCAACGCCACCAACUCUCUCCCAUCGAACAAGCCGUCGUCGUCGCCCAACAUCAACAACUUCGCGCCCCUCGACAUCAUCACAACAGCACCAACAACAGUACCAACAACAGCAAUAGUAAUAAUUCUGGAAGUAAUCAUCAUUAUCAUUCUUCUACAAAACAAAAUUCUCAUCAUCACAUCAGCAGUCCACGGAUAGGAAAAAGCGGAGCAGGAGCAGGAGGAGGAGGAGGAGGAGGAGGAGGAGGUUCGAGGGGAAUUCUGAGGCCGGAGAGAAUUUCUUCUUCGGGGUCGGGGAGGAGUUCGCUGGUGAGGAGGAAGGGGGGUGGGUGA